AACAAGAUGGAACUGCUCAUCUCACUCCUCUUUGUGUGCGCGCUGAUCUCCAAAGCAUACCCGCUCCAGUGUAAUCAGUGCAUACCCACUGGUGUAGGAUCAUGCACGCAGACUCAAGAAACAUGUCCAGCUUUCCAAACCAGGUGUGGCAGUGUGACUGUGGCUUCCUAUAUGGGAAGUUUCAAGCUGGCUGAAGUAAAUAUGAAGUCAUGUGCAGCUCCUGCUGAGUGUGUCAGUGGCUCAGUUAACUUUGGAGUUUCAAGGACAACUGUGAGCACCAGAUGUUGUGAUGGCAACCUGUGCAAUACUCAGAAUGCCCCAGCAUUACCUGAUGGAUCUCCAAAUGGGAAGCAGUGCUUUACCUGUGAAGGAACUGACUGCACACAUACUUUGAAAUGUCUGGGAUCAGAAGAUCGCUGCAUUAAGGCUUCAGUGAAAUCUGAUGGGCAGACAGUGACAGUGAAGGGAUGCGUAUCCCAAACCGCGUGUGCCGGGACCCUUAAUGCUCAACUUGGAAACACUGCAGUGGAUAUGAGCUGCUGCGAGGGAGACCUGUGCAACAACGCCCGGCGCAUCGGGCAGAGUGUCUUGCUCCUGCUGGUGUCUGUGGCCUCCAUCAUCCUCUUCCACUGAAAAGUGCUUCU